UUUCUCUCUCGUCUUACCACGUUCAUGGGUCUCGUCGUCUGCCUUUCGUAAGCCUCCAAGACGAGGAGCGACUUAUCAGCUUUUUGCUCGCCUUCGUUCCGAAAAGACGUUGUUUGACGACUUGCGCUAAUGACUCGACUGGCUGCUGGUACUAGUCUUCCCAUCACUAGCACUACUACACGUAGCAACAUGUCCUCACACGACAACUGCCUUCACGCGCGAAACUCUGGCGGCUCCAACAGCAGCGCAGGCGCGCAAUCCCUCACCUUUGGGUUUGCGUUCAUGGCGAUCCUCUUAUGUCUCCUGGCCUUCGCGCAUGGGAUGCAGCGCUAUGCGAAUCGGAGACAGAGAGCGGAGUUGGAGAGGUUAGGUGCGUUAGGGGAUGUGCAGGAGGGGGAGUGUAUACCGAAGAUUUGGGACGUUCAUCUAACUGCAAAUGGGAGUGCAUUCGACAAUGGGAGCCGGAACGAGGAAGCGAGCGUGAAGAAAGGGAAAGAAUGCGCGGAGGUGACGGACCUAGGAGACUCGGUUUUUAGGGAGGAGGAUGGACGAAUUCGGUGGAAUGACAUCCAACCGCUUUCUGCAGCUCGUGUGCUACCCACAAAUAGCUUAUCUACUUCCAUUUCCAAACAAUCCUCCACCUUAGCUUCACAUUCAAAUUCAGCUUCUACACCUGCGGCGGAACCGCAUGACCACGACCGAGACAGGGACCGAGACCGACCGCUGCAAGUAGCGAUGAUCAUUUCCAUGCCCGUUCCACCCCGAUACGUACAUAAUUCACGACGUGACUCUGAAAAGACGGCCGUUUCUAGCUUACCACACGAAUCUGAGAACGACUGGAGCGGGCAGGCGUAUUAUGAGUUGGGUGUUAUGACGGUUAGAUGAAGGUGAGGGUCGAUGAAUGUGGAUGAAGUUCUUGAUGUGUGUACGGACUUUUGGUGUCGUGUUUCUUUUGCAUUUUUAUGUAUUGUUUUCGCCGUUUUUUGUUGUUCUCGUUUUCGUUUUCGCCUUACUCUUGGUAGUGUUGCUACUGUUGUUAUUGGUCUAUGGUUAUUCGUAUCUCUUGCUCAGUGACUUUUUCUUUGUCUUGUACUUCUAGAGUUUUCUUCACGUCUGUUUGUCCGUUUGUUUGUUUGUAUCAUUAUGUUCCUCUGGAUCUCCU